UGGAGACCCCAUCACACUGCAGUUCGCUGUUACGCAGAGAAGAUGAGCACACGGAUAAUGAAAUCCAACCCUGCCAUGAAACUGAUAGUGCUCUUCACGGCUUCAUUUUCAUGGGCCUUUCAGCAGCAAGCCGUGCCGCCCAAAUACCAGCACAGGGAUCCCGUGACGUCUCAAGUCCGUUAUUGUGACCAGUGCCCCCCUGGCACGGCUGUGAAACGACACUGCACGGCCGACGCACCCACCGAGUGCCAGCCCUGUCCUGAGAGGCAUUUUGCUGAGAACUGGCACUGGGGGGAUACGUGCCAAUACUGUACCUCAGUGUGCAAGGAGAGGCAGCUUGUGAAGCAGCAGUGCAACAGCACGCACGACCAGCUCUGCGAAUGUGUGCCCGGCUACCAUCUAGUGGUGGAAUUCUGCAUUGCACACAGUCCCUGUCUGCCUGGAUACGGAGUCGCAGCUUUAGGCACACCAGAAAGUGACACCGUGUGCGAACGCUGUCCAGACGGUUACUUCUCUGCUGGCAGUUCCUCCACCGAGCCAUGUCAGCCGCACAGGAACUGCGCGGAUUCCGGCAUGAAGACCCUGAGAUGGGGCACGUCCACCUCAGACAGCCUGUGCGGCUCCGCGGACAUCAAGGCAGCACUGGACUGCUCCCAGCACUACACCCUGUGCCAUAACGACGUCACUCUUUGCGAGGAAGCAGUUUUCCAGUCUCUGGCCUCGCUGCGGCUGUCCUCGCUGCCUCUGGAGCGCAUCCUUGAGAGUCUCCCUGGACAGAAGGUGGACCUCAAGAGCCUGGAGAGGCUGAAGACGGCGUGCUCUCCCCAGCAGCAGAUCCUGCACCUGCUGCGGCUGUGGAGGGAGCAGAACAAAGACAAGCUGUACGGCAUCAUACAAGGUGUGAACCACUGUGAGCGAAAGGUGUCCCGCUGCAACGCUCUGAAAAACCUGACCGUGGACGACCUGAUGAAGGUGACCAACAGCCUGCCGGGGAUAAAAGUCCAGGAGCAGGAUGUGAGGGCCGUGGUGGCCACCUGCCUGCCGAGGCAGUACCUCCUGCAGAUCCUCCACCUGUGGAAGACGGCCAACUACAACCUGGAUCUAGCCAAGAGUCUGUCUCGCAGUCUGAGGGAGCUGCGCAACCAGGGGGCUCCGCGCUACCUAAUCAAAGGCCUCAAGAAAAUCAGCCGCAUCAUAGGAACCACGACGGCGCACAAGAAGUACGAGAAGAUGUUUAUGAGCAUGUUUCAGGAUGAGUCAUGCUUUAAAGCGCACAAGCCACUGAAUGAAUGAGGCGUGCGCAAAUAGGAAACGUCGCAUCCCCACAGCAUUUCCAAAACACUAACGCAUUGUCUGAUUGAGAACACAGUAAGAAAUACGUAAGACGCUUGUCAACACAGGAAGCAUUGGUCAGUCAUUCGUAAGCAAAUGGCCAAGGAAAAUCACAUUGACAUAUACAAGGAAAUCAUACAGGAGGUAAAUUCUUUGCUGUUCUACAGAAAAGAACAGAUGCAAAUGCCGUCAUCCUGUUCUACGUUAUCUAUGUGAAGUAAAACAAACUCCCACAGCUAAUGUGUUCCUACAUUUGUUUCCAGGAUAUAUUUUGACCAGACUGUUGAAAAAUUAGGAUAUAGUGGAGAUGUAAAAAAAAAAAAAAAAAGAAAGAAGAGGCUGUAUUGUGGAUAAAGGUCUGGCAGAUUCUGGUUUGUACUAUUAGAGCUUUCUCGCUGUUUGAGAGCAAGAAUUUGAUUUCAUAAUGAAAUACUUUUAUUUUCCUCAGCUGUCCAUUUUUAUUUGUUCUGGGCUGCUGAAAGGGAAAGCUGGUUUGUUUUAUAUUUUUCUUUUUUGGUCAGUUAUAUGAAUGUAUAAAGGAGUGCAAUUGUUUGUUUGUUUUUAUUUAAAGUGUAAUUUUACUUUCUUAAAGUGUAAAAUCUUGUUUUUGUUGCUUUUCUUUCGUAAAUACUGGAUUCUGAAAUGCUGCAAGUUCAUGAAGUGAUAUUUUUUUUAUAUUUUGUUUUGUCACUUUUAUAUUAGAAGUGGAUGGUCUGUGUUGUAUAAAUGCCUUUCUGGUUCUCUUCAAGCUUGUGUAACUAAGUUGUGAACAUUUCUAAAUCUCUGAUGUCAGUUUGUAAAAAAUGUAUUGUUUUAUUAUAAAUAAGCAUUGAACAGAAAAA